AUGGCGUCUCUCCUAUCCUCCAGCCUCUCGGAGAGGCUCAACCUGUGGGAGAGGUUGGGCCCCUCGGUAGGAGAGGUUUGGAGCGUCCGGGCCUCUGCACCGGGUGAGGAUGCACUAGGGGGUGCUGGAUUUGAAGGGACCCCUGGAUUGUGUGUUCUAUCCUGGAUUGGAGGUGGUGGUGGUUGGAGGAUAGCGGGAAGGCGAUGGAGGUGCGAUGGAUUUGCCUGCCUGGAGACCCUCGUUGGACGGUUAACAUCUGCUACGCCUUUUCUGGCCUUAUUGGUAUCCUGGCCGGUCGCUGGCCCUUUAGGCCUAUUGGAAGAUGCAGGAGACUUAACAGCAGCCGAUAUUACCUAUGACUGGAGUAACCCCCUCUCCACCUUUUCUAUCCCAGGAUGUUUGGUCUCAGACCUUCGACAGACUACCAUCUGGACUAGCGAACAAAAAUUGGAACUGAAAAAGGAACACUUGGAGAUGGAAGAUAAGAAAAUCGUAAAUAUGACCUCAGCAUGGUGGGUGAUUAAAAUCACUUACCUUCUGACGGCUAUGGAUCUGACCUGCAUGUUUAUGCAAUUUGGGAUUGUGCCAUAUUUGGCAACUAACUUGGGUUUGGAUGCAAUUGGAUUUGGCUAUUUGCAGACAUUCUUUGGUAUUCUUCAGCUUCUGGGCAGCCCCAUCUUUGGAAGGUUUGCUGACCAGUUUGGAACCAGAGCUGCCUUGAUUCUUUCAUAUUUGGCUGGAUCGCUGUGCUUUUUGCUUCUCUCUGUAUCCUUCAGUGUCCCCCUGCUCUUCCUUUCCAGAGUUCCAGGUAUCUUCAUGCAUGGAUUACCAGGUGCACAGAUGGUUAUAACAGAUUUGACAACUCCUGCCAAACGUGCUGAUGGCUUAGGAAAGCUUGGACUUUGUUUUGGAAUAGGAGUAAUUUUUGGAUCUUCCCUGGGUGGUAUCUUAACCACAAAGUUUGGUGUUGGUGUUUCUUGCUAUGUUGCAGUAGCUGGAUACCUUGCCUGUGCCUUGAUGGCCCUUCUUUGUAUUCCUUCCCAGACAAAGCCUCAGUCCAAGAGAAAUGAAGCACAACAGGGAACAUCCCAGUCCAGUAGUGUUUUUAGCUUCCAAGAAAUUAUUCGACUGUUGACACUUCCUGGAGUAAUGGAUGUUUUCUUAAUCAAAGUCCUUUCUGUGUUUCCUACAGGGGUGUUCCUAAUUAUGCUUUCCAUCAUAUCCAUCGAUUUCUUUGGUCUGGAAGUUGCACAUGCUGGGUAUUUGAUGUCCUACAGUGGAAUCCUUCAAAUGGUUGUCCAGGGCUUAAUAAUUGGAAGAUUAACCAGUCGGUAUACUGAGCGGUCUUUGCUUAUGCUGAGUGUUAUUGUUUUAUGUGGCGUUGGCAUUGCUAUGGUCCUGAUGACCAACGUCUUUCAUUAUUGCCUCAUUGUGCCCCCCAUGGUGUUUUCCUUCAGUGUCAUCGGUGUCAUUACCGAUAUCAUCCUGACCAAGUCCGUCCCUGUUUCUGACACAGGUGCCAUGCUUGGAAUCAGUGCUUCAGUUACUCCACUGGUACGGACAUUUGGCCCAACAAUAGGAGGAUUUCUAUAUAGACAAUUUGGAGUUUCCUCCUUUGGCUAUUUACAGCUAAUGGUGAAUGUACCUCUGUUUUUUUAUCUCUUGAAGAAGAAGAUCCCUCAGAAAGAAGAGAAAACUCAGUAACUAAUUCCAUGUAUAUUGUUGACAUAAAGAACA